AUGAGGAUUACACAACUGUUAUAUAUCUCCAGUAUGGUUAUCGCAUCGAUCGAUGCACUGGAAUAUAUAAUUCGUUUUGAGACGAAAAAGGCCCGCUGCCUAAAUCCGCCCAGAACGGCCAGGAAGGUGGAGUCGGUCAUAGGGGAGUGCCAGGAUGAGGUCAGAAAUAAGCUAGUAAAUGAGGCCUAUGAAAUACUCAAGGAGCAGGUCUCCCAGAACCAGCCCCCGCCCAUUGAUCCCAACGAUGACUCCAUCGACUUUAUUUGGCCUUCGAACGGAGCAGCCAUCGAACUGGAUCAUCCACCCAAUGGCCCUCUGAAUCUCAGCAACUACGAGUACAUUAUCUAUGAUGAGCCCCAUCCCCAGCGCCACAUGGCCAGGCUGAUGAGGAAUAUACGCCGGCUGGACGUGGCCAGUUCGGGCAUCUAUCACCCCACCUUGGUGCCCCUGGAGGAUAAACGCAUAGCCGGGUGCCUCCUGCAUUGCGUAUACGCCAGGAACAACGCCAUCGACCACAAGGGCUGGCCCACCCUGGACGGACUUGUCCAGUUCUACUCCGAGGGCGUACACGAGCACGGCUUCUUCAUGGCCACGUUGCGGGCCGUGAACAUCUGCCUCCGGACAAUGACCGCUAGGUACGGCGUCAAUCGCAAGGAGCUGCCCCAGAGAGGUGAAAGCUGCGAUCUGGCUUUCGACGUCUUCGACUGCAUAUCGGACCAAAUUACCGGCUACUGUCUGGAUCAGUACAGCAGGUAUUAA